AGUAUUAAAUGAUUCUCUAAUGAAGUAUAUUUUGAUAAUAAUAGUUAUUAAUGUACAAUAUUCUGAAAUAAUUUUUUCUCAGUCUCAGGCAAAAUAGCCCAGAGUCCCUUUGAUAAAGAAAGUGGGAAGUUGCGUGAAGAUGCGGUACAGUUUAUCCAAGAUCGACUUGAAUGGAAGAAGUGUCAUCCUGUGAAUCUAAUGGUGGAACACAACCUUCUUCAGCUGCUCCAACACUCUUUAACAAAAGCAUGGCUCCGGUACAAAUGGAAAUCAUUCGUAUCUGUCAUCUUCCUUUUCCUGCUCGUACUGGAGUUAUUUUUUGUUAUCUCUCUGACUGUCUUCAUGGAAAGUACUAGUAACUGGAACUACAUAGAGGAGCGAUGCAACAUUACACGAGAACAGUUUUGCAGUUUAUCUGAAACACAAACAUUGGAAGAACUGACAUUCACAACUGAUGCUCCGAUUGGAAAUUAUGGGGGAGAAGACAAUAUAGAAACCUUAACCUGGUUACCAGAUAAUUCAACAAUAAUGAAGCUAAUGAAAUGUAAUAAAACGCUGCCAGAAAAUGGCAGUUCACUAGUUCUACUUAUAAUAACUUUCAUCAUUCUUCUGUUAUGGGAAUGCAACUGUAUAUACAGACUGAGGAAGGAAUACUUGAACGUCGACAAUAUGAUGCGCCUCAGCAGUCUGUUACUCACUGCUGUUGUCAUAGUUUCCGGGGGGGACCUGUGAGCUUCACUAUCAC